UAUAAGCGUUCAAACAUUCGCGGUAAAAUUAUAUACCAGUACUCGCUGUCAGAUUGUCAGAGAUUUUCUUUCUGCCAUUGUUUUUGUUUAUACAUAUUGUUAGUGAGUUUUGUAUCUAUCACUGUAUUGAAUAAAUGAAUGCAAAGAUGAGUAGGAUGGCGAAAACACUGAAAGCUGUUCAGCGGGAGAUGCAGAGUGCAAAACCUCCUGUGGUGGAGUCUCCACAGCCUCUGGACAUUUCAUCCAUAGAGAAAACCAGUGUGUUUCAUGGAGAUCAGUAUUCUCCUCAUGGGAACCCCCUUCACAGCACAGCUUUGGAAGAAGAUCUCAGUCCUGGACCAGAACAGAACCAGAAGUCUGCUUCAGAGAAGUCGGGUCGACCGCGAGCUGGGAAGCCUGUUCUUAGUGUAACAGACACUGAUAAGACCGCAGUUACUCAGGCUAAGAAAAUAGGCAAAGCUGUUUCUGAGGCACUGAAUAAGAAAGCUUCAUCCAAAGAGAACCAAGAACCACCAACAAAUAAAAGAGCAAAAUCAGUAGUAAGAAAAGUUAAAGGCAGACCUUUGCCAGCCAUAUCAGAAGACAGAGAUAAUGCAGGAAAGAAAAGAAGAUCAAUCCCCACAAGCUACACAGCCAAGGAAGCAGUCAAAGGUCAGAGGUCAGCUAAAGAAACAUCUUCGAGCCCAGGAGUGGCUCAGAGACAGCAGAGGUCACCUCCGUCCUCAGAGGAGCUGACAGACGGGGAUGAAAGUUUUCACCCAAGCAAAGAGAAGUCUAUACAGGGAAAGAGGAGAUCAUCCAGUCAACGGCAGAGUGGCCACAAACAGAAAAGGAAAUCUUCAUCUUCCACAGAAAGAGCUGGCCCCUCUAAAAAAGCCAGGGAUUUGAGAAGUCCAACUGAUCUUGACGUGGUGCUCAGUAGUUUCCAGGAGUUUGUCUCUCAGUACAAGCAGACCGUAAACUCUGACGCAGUCAAACGCUCCAUUGAUGCCGUCAGUCGCUCAUUUGAGGAGCAGCUCUCAGAGAUAAUCACAGCAACAAAGGAACUCAAGAAUGUGAAAAGAGAAAAUAACAAGAUCAAUAGCACUAUUAAUAAGAAGAGGACCAGACUUGUGGAAGCCAAUAACGAGCUCAUUAAGGGAAAGACAAAGCUGAGGAAGCUUCAGAAAGAUCACGAUGAGAUUGAACAGAGACUCAAAGCUCUGAGAGAAGGAUCCUCUUUGCUCACCAACCUGCAGGAGCUCAACAGGAAGUACCUGAAGCACCGUAAAGCUCAUCCGGAUGAGGUGGAAACGUAUGGCCCAUCCUGUAUGCCUGCCAUGUUGAUGGAAGCCAGGUGCAUCAUGGGAACAGAGCACCAGCUAAAGACUGUCAAUGACCAUCUACAGCAGAUCUUGGAUGAAUCAGAAAAUGAAUAACUAACACACACUGUGAAGCUCAGCAAAUAAACCAUUUUAAAGUCAUGGUACACUUUGUCACAAGGUUUAUUAGUUUUGGCAAUUUAUGCUAAUUGAACUAUUGUUUUAUACUUUAAACUCAAAACUAUCUUAUUUCAAAUACUACGAUUUUAAAUCUUCUGAAAAUACAUUUGACAUCACACUCCAACAAACGUCUUUUCAAAAAAGAGCAUCUAUUACACAUGCUUCAAGAAUACUUCCUUGUUUUAUUAUUCAUCAAUCAUCACCCAUUAGUAUUUACAGUAAAGUUUGAACUGGUGCUUAGUCAUUGAUACCCUUUGUCCUACAAUGCCCUGCCUGAGCUUGUGUGAUAAGAGGAUCAAAUAGACACUGUGCUUUAGGCUAGAUAUGAUCUCUGGUGUUUCAGGGGCAGUUUUUGUGUAAAAGUGCACAUUUUGAGUGAAUGAAUAUGCAAAAAUCUGGAUGGAUGCUUUAGUGUUGUCACAUUUAUUCAUUUAACAGUCACUUUACAAUUGAGGAAUCAAGAUAUAUUUUAAAUAAAUGUUAAUGUGGACAUAUGAAGGAGAGUAGAAAUUAGGAUUUUCUUUCAUGCCUUUCACCUCUGACUCUAUUAAAAGGUAAUGUUAAUACGCUUUGCUUGGGCUAACAUUGUAUAUGUUUUACAUACUUAAAAAUGUAUAUAAACCGGUCUGCAUCAAGCAUAAAGGCUGUAAUGUUUGCACACCUUGUUAACUGAUGUAUGUGGGGUAUGCAUGUUUUUUUCGUCAAUCCAUGUUCCUUGAGAAUGUAGAACAGCUGCCACGUCAUUCCUGACACUUGAUCUGAAGGCUGUGAAUGGGUGUGCAGAUCAGUUUGAUUGUGCUAAGCUAGUAUAAUAUUUCUAACUGUGCUCGUAUAACUGAAAGCAGCUCUAUUGGACUAAACUUCUUCCUGUUGCUGCCGGUUUCAGCUUGCAUGUCUGAUUUUGUCCUUUGCACCUUCUCAAAAAAAUGGGUGGGUGGGG